AUGAUUCCGACACCUUAUCUGAUCUUGUCCGGGAUACUAUCUACCAUAUCUUGUGUCACAUCUGCUCCGGCAUCAGCAGUCACUGACAGUGAUCAACUCGUCCUAGGAACCAAACAACCGAGACCUUUGGUGAUCUGGCACGGUCUGGGCGAUACAGCACUCUCAUCCGGGAUCUCCUCGUUUAUCGAAGAUAUCAAAUCGAUGCAUCCUGGGAUUUUCGUCCAUUCAGUUCAGAUACCUCAAGGAGGUAGUCUGGACGAUGAGAGAAGAGCUGGAUUCUGGGGCAAUGCUGAGGAUCAGGGCUGGACGGGGUGUGAGCAGAUCGCUUCCAUACCUGAGCUGAAAGGCGGGUUCGACGCAAUGGGGUUCUCCCAAGGUGGUCUGUUUAUGCGUUUCUACGCUCAGUAUUGCAACGAUCCACCUGUCCGUAAUCUCAUAACGUUCGGUACACCCCAUUUUGGCAUAUCUGCCUUAAUUCCCUGCCCCACCCCACCAACCCUCUCGUGUCUGCUUGCGGCUCGAGCAGCUAGAGCGGGAAUAUACACACCUUAUGCUCAAUCGCAUAUAAUCCAAGCCGCCUAUUUUAGGGAUACAGAGCGAUUAGACGAGUUCUGGGAUGUGAAUACGUUUAUAAGGGAUCUUAAUGGAGAAAAGGGACUGGGUGGUGAGGACGGCGAUGAAGAUGAUGAAAAAGGAAGGAAUGGUAGUGGAUUGGGUGUAGAGGGGUUGGACAAUUUCGUAGCUGUCAUAUUUGAUCAGGAUCGAACCGUAUCUCCAGCCCAAUCAUCACAUUUCGCAACUUACUCUCCUCUGAACAAAACAGUGAUUAUACCCAUGACGGACCAGCCGAUGUAUAUAGGUGACUGGAUAGGCCUAAAAUCGCUGGAUGAGAAAGGUGGAUUGACUUUGGAGCAUUGUCCGGGGGAACAUAUGGAUCUGGGUGGAGAAGGAGGGUGCGGUGAGAGGAUGGUCAGGGAUUGGGUAGGGUGGAAGAAGUAA